AUAUAUAUUUCCAAUUAAAAUGUAACAGUAAAAUAACUGUUUCAUAAAUAUUAAAAUUUAAAAGUUCUUGAAGUAUAAAAAGAUUAUAACUUUUUUCAAACUUAUAAAAUUCAUGUAAGUUUCAAAAAUAAAAUUAUCCUAAAAAGUUUCUUUUAAUUAACAGAUUCAUGGAGGAUAUCUAAUAGAUCUGUAAAAAUCAAAUUAUUAUGAUUAGUAUUCGUCGAGUGUCCAUAUAUCUUCAUGAUCCGCUUUUUCACGAGGAUUCGCCGAAUGCAUAUAUAUGGGGGGGAACUUGACGUACGGGUGAAGGAAGUUAAUUCAGUUCAUUCACGGUGUAGUAUACCUUCGCGAACGGGCUCGACAAUCCACCUCGGUCGAGCAUACGAGUUUUUCGCAUCCGUUUCUUCGAUCCGAUACGAUAUCAUGUGUCUACCGCGAAAGAAGACCGGAUGUGCAAUUUAUUCAAACUGUAUUUGCGACAUAGGUUGAUUUAUUUAACCCUUUGAUUAUCGCAGGCGGCUGUACACACGCUAUGCCAGACCACGUGCCGUGAACUCUUAUCUUAGUGUAAAUGAAUUGUAAAUUCAUUCCAACGAUACGUCGUUUGUGUGUGUUGUUCUUUUUACCAGGAAGAAUUUAAUACCUGGUAUGUGUCUUUGCAGAAAUCGUAUCUCUAUUACAAAUAAUGUUUAUCAGAAGAUAAUCUAUUUUCAUUAUUUAUUAUUCAAUAUUAUAUUAUAAUACUCGAGCAGCUGUGUAAUUUUUUGUAUCUGAUUCUGUUUUAUAGAAAAUCGCGUAUAAUCAAAGAUAUGUGCUACAAAAAUAAAGAAAAAAAAUUUUUUUUAACAUUUCUAUGACAUAGAUUUAAUGAGUUGUGAAACAAACAGUGAUAUUCGAACAUGAAAAUGUGUUUCUGCUGCAUUAAAAGAUUUUCUAUUAUAUAGAUACGCUUCGAAUGCUUCACCGAGAAAUGAUUACACGAACGAUGGAAGAGUGACAUUAAUUAAGGAACCGUUAAAUCAUAAAUCUUUAGGCUCGACAGAUGCUAAAAGCUUAUAAAAGCGAUUCAGUAUGAAUUUAUCGCGGAGAUCAAAGCCGUCCCCACGGCUGGCCGCGUUAAUAUCGUUGAUCAUUGUCAACAUUCGAUUGUGCGGCGCCGAAACAAGUGGGGAAUAUCUUCAAAAGGCAAUGAUAGAGCUUCAGGAAUUAAAUGUGCCGUCUAACAGCAUCACGAUGCAUGAUCGAUUGGCGGCGAAUCAUUAUCAGUAUGCCGGUUAUAAAGGUAAUUAUAACCAGGACAAGGCACAUCGCAAGCUCAGCACCAGCAACGCUCAUCAGGACAUCCGGCAGCAAGAAAAACCGUCCGCAAAUAAUAACGCACUUCCCGAUCAAGCUCAGUCUGCUGCGAACAAUAUAGUACAAUAUUAUGCGGUGCGCGAUUCCGUCCCCGCGACCAGUUACCCGAAGGUAAAACCACAAGAGCCGCUGGUGCUGACACGAGCGAAGCUAGCCGCGAUGUACAAACAGGCCUUGGAAAAAGGGUCAGCGAUCAGCGUCGCGGCUUUAACGCAGGCACUGAAUGCCGCAGGCGGCAACGGCAACGCGACGCCGCAGGUCGGUCACCUGCAGCUACCGGUUAAAUACCCGUUGUACAACUAUUACUUCUUUCCGCUCAAGAGCUUCGCGUCCGAACUGCAAGGAGAUCAUCAUCAUCAGCAGGCUGCGAUCGUUCCAAUGUACGCAGCCACGGAAACUGCGGAGAACACUCAGAAGCAGCUUAUGAAUCCGCUCUUUGUAGCGAUCGGCACGUUUAUCAGCAUGGCUCUUCUGUUCAUGAUGGGUGUGCUAUUUCUACCGAAACUGCCGCACUUGGCUUUUAACGCGCGAGUAGCCGACAACGACGAUUUUCCACGUCUAACGACUUUCGUGAUGAAUGCCAUAGACAGACGCAACCGUUGGGGGAAUUUCACCACAGCUAGCUAAGAAUGCGUGUGAUAUCGUGUAAAAUAAAAAUUAUCGCAUUUUUACAUGAAAGAUCUGGAAAUUAUCAGCAAACAUAUAUGUUAAAGUUUGCGCGAAUAUAAUAUUUAAAUCGAUAAUUUAUGUAUAUAUUAAUAUAUGAAAUGUCUUAAUAUUAUAUUAGUGAGAGACAAAAACUGUAACGCGUAUUUUGUUAGAAAAAAUACAUAUAGUUAUAUAAACAUGUCUUAGAGAAAAGU